UGUAAGAGCGGAGCUAGGCUAUGGCGGAGGGAGAGGAGGUUUUAGGGCCGGGAGCUGGGAUGCUCUUCUUGGAUGAGGAAGGGGUGGGGCAGGCAUUCUUGCAGAGCUUCGGGAGCGACAGCCCCGGGCGGGAUCACGUCGUGGAGGAGGCGCACAAGCUAAUGCGGGGGAUCUUAGACUCCCGGCCCAAUCCCCCCGCGGCGCUUGUGAGCAAGCUCGCCGCGAUCCUCGAGCAGGAGGAGACGAGGUUCCAGCUCAAGCUUGGGGCGUCGGAAACUACACUCUCGCGAUCGUCUCACACUAUAGGGAGGCUUUUGGUCAUGAUCAAAGAAGAUGAGUAUUUCAUUGAUACAAUUUCGGGUAUUCUGCUAAGGGAGAAUGAUCCAUUGCCUCUCCGGGCUGCUGCCGCUAGACUACUACUUAUUUGCGUGUCUUGCUGGAUGUAUUCCUAUUCCUUCGAAGAUUUGCUACUCUCCUUGAUUAAGCAGCUUGUGACGGAAGAACUAGAUAGGCCAUGCGUGUUCACAAAUAAGAAGCCGAGUGAUGGCGAAAUAUUAAGGACUUUUGCUAUUGGGCUUUUUUCAUGUGCCCUCUCCGGCAGUCAGGAAGUUGCGGAAGAAAUUCUUGCCACUGGCCUUCCUGCGAAAUUCAUGCGUUACUUACGAGUAUGGACCUUUGGUGACUCGGUUAAACCUGACCAUGGCAACGGUGGUGUAGCUAACGGGCACAAAGAAGGUCGAAUACGGCCUCGGCAACAUGUCGAUGCUGCUACACUCGACAAACGAGUAACGAAUGUUGAAGGUGGCAGUGGUGAAAGUUCAGGGAGACAGAUUGUAGAAGAUAUGGUUGACGGUAUACCUGAGGAGAAACCUCGUAAGAAAGACAUUCCGGAAGGUAAAAUCAGAGGCAACCACGAUGAUGAGAGUUUAAGAGUGCCGGAGGUACGUGAUCGAGGUGGGGGGAAAAGUCGGGGGAAAACGAAGCUGUCCGACAGUGGUACAGAUGAGAAGCAUGUCAGAAAGGAGAAAGCUAGGACGCAGGUCAGCACGAAUGAAGAUGUGAAAAUAUACAUGGCUGGGAAGGUAGAUGUUUCGGUGUUUGCCAGGAGAGCGGUCUCUGCUGCGCAGGCAGAAGCUAAAGGGGCAAAUGCUUCCGACGAGGCGAUCAAGGCCGCCGGAGAUGCGGCUGCCGAACUUGUGAGGGCCGCAGCACUUGAGGCACUUGUUACAACUGAAGACGAAGCAUCUGUGUUGGCUGCUGCAGAGGCUGCAGCGGCAACAGUUGUAGAUGCGGCCGGGGUUGUCAGGUUUGUUUUCUUCCGUUUCCUUUUUCUUACUCUCUUAUGUCUGUUCGGAAUUUCCAGGUUGGAAUCUUCCUUGAAAGAGAGGGCCAAGCCAAAGGAGAUGGAGCCAAAAAUCCAGGAAGGUGAAAAGGAUGAAACAGAACAUAUUCGGGAUCCGAAAAGCUUGAACUUCUUGAAAGCGCAAUACUGCGUGCAAUGCUUGGAGAAGCUUGGAGAGUAUAUCGACAUACUGGGACCUAUACUGCAAGAAAGAGGUGUUGAAGUUUGCCUUGAGUUGCUGAGGAGAUAUGCCCGUCCUGGGGAAAGCGUUGAAGCGCUGGCCAUGGCUGCAGAUGUUUUAAGGCUGGUUUGUGCACUCGCUUCUCAUCGAAAGUUUGCCACACUAUUCGUUGAUUUGGGAGGUAUACAGCAGCUUCUCUCGAUUCCACGAGUUCCGCAACAUUAUACUGGUGUCUCUUUGUGCCUUUUCGCUAUUGCUUCUUUACAGGGUGUUAUGGAGAGAGUCUGUGCUUUGUCUCCGACAGUUAUACAUGACUUGGUGGCGCUAGCAUUUCAGCUGCUAGAAUGCCCCAAAGAUACGCCACGACGAAACGCUGCUCUAUUCUUUGGAUCGUCGUUCGUUUUUCGAGCUAUCAUCGAUGCUUUUGAAAGCCAAAACGGCCUCCGAACGUUUUUAAACCUUUUACGGGAUACGGUCGCUAUAAGAUCUGGUGGAAAUCUACGUAGCGAUCGUGGUUCUUCUGCGGAAGUGCUAACUUCCACUGACAAGCAAAUCACUUAUCACACUUGUGUUGCGCUGAGACAGUACUUCAGAGCUAGCUUUCUGCUCUGGGUGGACUCUUUGAAGCCUUGCAAGGGCCAUCGCGGAGCUUCUCGCAACUCAAAUCACACCAGGGACUCCUACAAACCGAUUGACGUGAGCAAUGAAGCUACAGAGGCGGUCAUACAGCAACUGUGGCGUGAUAAAAAGCUCGCUGCCCAAUUUGUUAAAAUCAAAUGGCCCGCAUUGGAGAAGUUUAUCAGCCAGAAUGGACACAUAUAUCUACUCGAGCUAGCUCAGGCUGCGCCAGGGGAAAAAUACCUGCACGAAAGUGCUCUACAUGCUCUUGCGGUUUUGCAAAUCGUGACUCUAGUACCAGGUUAUCGGAAAGUGGUGGUCGGUUCUGUCUUGAGCAAUGGACGUUCUGGAAUGUCAGUUCUUCUAGAUGCAGCUAGUGGAGCCGCUUUUGUAGACCAGCCAGAGGUUAUACAAACUGCUUUGUUAAUACUGGUAAAUCUUGUAUGUCCGCCUCCUGCAUUUUCAAGUCGCUCCGCGCCUGGUGGUGCUAGUGCAACACCUGCGCCAGUUUCAGACACGAAAGAUAGGCAAAGAGGAGACGACAGAACUGAUAACGGAGCCGGGACAUCUCUCUCAUUGUCUUCACCUCUAGUUGGUGACACGAGGAUAUCGUUGGGACCAGGAUCUGGAGGGCCUGGACUAGCAGCAUCUAUGGAGCAAGGCUAUCGGUUUGCUCGUGAAGCAGUGCGAGCUAAUAACGGCAUCAAAGUUCUUUUGCACUUGCUGUAUCCGCGAACAGUUUUGCCACCCUCCGCUCACAUUCGUGCCCUUGCCUGUCGGGUGCUACUGGGACUUGCACGGGACGAAGCCAUUGCUCAAAUCCUCACGAAGUUACAAGUUGGGAAACUUUUGUCAGAACUUCUGAGGGAUGGAUCACAAGCAAAUCGUGCAGGACAAGACAGAUGGCAAACUGAAUUAAGUCAGGCCGCCUUGGACUUGAUAGGGAUUGUGACAAAUGCAGGUCGAGCUAGCACUGUUGCAAGUGAGGCAGCGGCGCCUACAUUGCGACGAAUAGAGAGGGCUGCUAUUGCUGCGGCAACACCGAUAAAUUAUCACUCCAGGGAGCUUUUACAGCUUAUCCACGAGCAUCUUCUAGCUUCUGGGUUCACAAGCACAGCUUUAACGCUGCUCAAAGAAGCUCAACUGGCGCCUUUGAAUCCCUUGUUGCCAGCGGCAUCACUUCCAAGUUCAUCCACCGCCCAAGAAGUUCUCACUGAUCAAAAGGUGGAGAUGCAAUGGCCAAGCGGUCGGUUAAACGGUGGUACAUUUCUGGCCAACAAGCAGGGCAGCGAUGACGACAGACAAAAUUUUGAUUGUUCGAGGAGGCGGCUAGCCUUGACUCCUAGAAAAACAGGUGCUGGUAAAGAAGGGGUUACAUUAGAGGGACAGGACACACAUGCAACGGGGACUAGAUUGAAUACUACCGAGGACAGCACGUCAAGAACGCCGGUGCUGCCAAAGAGCUCACUCAAACGCAAGUUAAGCGAUAAGGAUGCAUCCCCAAACAAGAGGCCAUACCUCUCCACUAACGGCGCUGCUCCGGCAAUGCUUACUACUCCACAGGUGCGGUUUAAGACCACCGACAACACUUGUGAGACUCCCUUAACGACAACUCCAGCUCUUCAAGAUUUGGGAGCCAAGGCCUCGGAGAAGCUCGACGAUUUUCCAGAGCCCUCGAGCUUUACGACUCCGGCCGUCCACGGCUCGCAUCCAAAUCUACUCGUGGAGCACAACGCGAACGAGCGAGCAACGCUAGACAGCCUCGUGGUGCAGUACCUCAAGCACCAACACCGCCAGUGUCCGGCUCCAAUAACCACGUUGCCGCCGCUCUCGUUACUUCAUCCUCACGUCUGCCCGGAGGCCAGCAGAACUCUCUACGCCUCGUAUAACACUUCUACAAGGCUCGGCACGAGAGAGAUCAACCCACCUUACGGUGGCAUGCACGGGCGACGGCACAACAGGCACUUCAUCUACAGCAGGUUCCGGCUAGUCCGUGUGAGCCGAGACGAGGACGCAAGGAUACUUACGUGCGGAACGUUUGUGCUGGGCCAAACCGGAUGUUUUGCUGCCGGUUGUCACGGCGGAAACAUCGUGCUGUUUGAUGCAAACAACGGAACCACGCUCGAGAGACACGGCUGCCACUUGACCCCGGUAACAAGCUUACAAUCGGCCCCGCAUUCGAUAUCAGGUGACUCCGGCUCGGGACAGCUCCUCCUUUCGUCGUCAACCUCGGAUGUGAAGCUUUGGAACUCGGCAGGCUUGACACCAGGCCCGCUUCACACCUUUGACAACUGCAAGUCGGCUCGGUUUAAUCACGCUGGGACGAUGAUCGGUGUCACGAGAUCGGGGCAACACGCCAAGGAAGUGAUGCUCUAUGAUGUAAAUAACUACACAUUAUCGCACACACUCACGGACGCUUCAAUCACGACUCCAGUCCGCGGCCAGUUUCCGUCUCAGAUCCACUUCAGUCCUUCCGACAUCAUGGUUCUCUGGAAUGGUGUCCUGUGGGAUCACCGCAUCCCUGGAGCCGUCCACCGGUUCGAUCAGUUCACGGACUACUGCGGUGGUGGCUUCCAUCCGGCUGGAAACGAGGUUAUCAUCAACUCGGAAGUAUGGGACCUUCGAACUUUCAAGCUGCUGAGAAGCGUGCCGUCGCUGGACCAGACAGUUCUUACGUUCAACCCGCGAGGGGACGUGAUCUACGCGACUCUCCGGCGCAACACGGACGAGGUUGGUAUGGCCUUGAACUCGAAGCGAGCCCGGCACCCUCUCUUCUCGGCGUUCCGGACCAUCGACGCGGUGGACUACUCGGACAUUGCCACGACGCAGGUGGACCGCUGCGUGCUCGACUUGGCCACCGAGAACAGCGAGUCGGUGAUCGGGGUGGUGGCGAUGGAGCCCAACCAGGUGAUGGACUCGUACGUGAAGUUCUACGAGGUUGGAAGGAGGAGACCCACGGACGAUGAUUCCGACCCGGACGAUGGCAUGGACACGGACGAGGAGAACGAGAUGGAUGGAGACGAUGACGAGGAGGACGACGAUGACGACGAUGGCCCCCGGCUGCUCUCACCCGGAUCGUCGGAAGAUGGCGAGGAGGACGAGGAGCAACUGGAGCUGGAUCUGAGCGACGAGGAUGCUGAUAUCUCGGCCAAUGGGAUCUUCGAGUUUCUAUCCGAGCCGGACGACAAUGGCGAUCGCAGCUCGUAUGAUGAAGAGAGCGACGAUGGCGAUUUUGGCGAUCAAUCGCCCGAGUUCUCUUUGCUGGAUUUUUGAUCGCUAGAGUGGAGAGAUGUUUGUAUCUCUUCUACAGGAACUGCUCUAACGGAUAAUGUGUAGAUCUCACGGGGAA